UCCGCAAGAACCUGCACUCCCUUCAAGCAAGACAGCCUCAGACAUUCUUAAUCCUGACAACAAUGUCACCUCCAAGCACUACAGACCUGAAAAAGACUAGGUCAAAGAAGAAUAAGGAUCAUCAUUACACAGACGUGCACGGCCUGCCAUGCAUUGAGAAGAUCGUGGCCUCUGUGGAUGAGACCCCAGAGGCCAUCACCACUAAUAUCAGUGGAACUAUCCCAGAGUGGAUUAGUGGCAAUUUCCUCAGAAACGGACCAGGAAAGUUUGAGAUUGGUAAUAAUAAAUUCAACCACUGGUUUGAUGGAAUGGCCCUCCUGCAUCAGUUCAAAAUCGCGGGCGGCCAGGUGACCUACAAGAGCCGCUUCCUGGGCAGUGACUGCUACAUGGCUAACAGGGAGAGCAGCCGCAUCGUUGUGUCUGAAUUCGGGACUGUGGCCAUGCCAGACCCCUGCAAGAACUUCUUCCAGCGCUUUCUAUCCCGGUUCGAACUGCCAAAAGCGUCAGAUAAUGACAAUGUGAGCUUUGUGACGUACAAGGGUGAUUACUACGUGAGCACGGAGACAAACUUCAUGCACAAGGUGGACCCUGAGACGCUUGAAACAAAGGAAAAGGUGGACUGGAGCAAAUUCAUCGCUGUCAAUGGAGCCACUGCCCACCCCCACACAGAACCUGAUGGUACAACAUACAACAUGGGGAAUUCUUACUCUGCUAAAGGUGCAAUUUACAAUAUCAUCCGCGUGCCUCCGACAAAGACAAUGCCAGAAAACACAGAGGAAACCCUGGAGGGAGCUACUGUGGUCUGUUCUAUUCCCUCAGUGGACAAGGCAAAACCAUCAUACUACCACAGCUUUGCAAUGUCGGAGAAUUACGUGGUGUUUAUUGAGCAGCCUAUCAAAAUGGACCUCUUGAAGAUUGUGACAGGCAAGCUGAGAGGAAAGGGUAUCAGCGAUGGGAUCUACUGGGACCCUAAACUUGAGACCAUCUUUCAUUUGAUUAACAAGCAGACAGGCAAGCUCAACUCAGUCAAGUAUCACGCCAAAGCGCUGUCCACGUUCCACCAGAUCAACGCCUGGGAGGAGGAUGGCUUCCUGGUUAUGGACCUCUGUGCCGCAGACGAUGGCAAAGCCAUCAACAACUACAUGGUUCAGAGCAUGCGCAAGUCAGGAGAGGCUCUGGACGAGGUGUAUAACACUAUGUGCAGAGUUUUCCCCCGGCGAUUUGUCUUGCCUCUCAACGUGGACAAGGAGACACCCUGUGGGCAAAAUCUGAACACACGCCCCGACAGUACCGCCACUGCCACCAAGACUGCUAAGGACAAAGUCUUCUGUACACAUGAGGAUCUGCACGAUGAGGAACUCCAUAAGUACGGUGGUCUCGAGUUCCCACAAAUCAACUAUGCAAAGUACAACACCAAAUCAUAUCGCUACUUCUACGGUUGCGGUUUCAGACAUCUGGUAGGCGACACUCUCAUCAAGAUGGACCUCCAUAGCAAAAAAAUGAAGGUGUGGGAGCAUCCUGGAAUGUACCCUUCAGAGCCUGUCUUUGUACCCUUGCCUGGCGCUACAGAAGAGGAUGACGGUGUCAUUAUGUCUGUGGUCAUCACUCCAAAUAAGGACAAGAGCACAUUCCUGUUGGUUUUGGAUGCCAAGACAUUCGAAGAGUUGGGCAGAGCUGAGGUGCCUGUGAACAUUCCCUAUGGUUUCCAUGGGACAUUCAACUCAACUAUGACUCAUAGGCAUCUAUCAGAAAAAAACUUAGGUGAGGCCCAUCAGAGUAACACAAAGCCAUGAAUUAUACUGUGUUCUUCAUCUUUCAUUUCUUGCCAAGUAUACAGUGGGGGAAAAAAGUAUUUAG